GUCAGUGUUGCCAACAAAAAUUUGAAUGUCAUAACGCCGAGUUUAAAUUCUGUGAUAGAAGAAACACGCGAAAUUUCUUGAUGUCUUUAACUCUCUGUCAGAGUAAUCGAAUGUGAAACUAUUUUUUUCACACUGUCUAACCGUAAUCCUAGAAUGUAUGAACUGUGACUUUAGUUGAUCGUUCUGUUUGCUGAACUUUGGCAAUCAUGGCAAACAAUGCAAAAUACUCGGAAGACGAAAUAGAGCGCAAAAGAUUGUCGGCUUUGAGUCGUAAAGAGCUGUCUAGAAAGUUGACAAGUAGUCCAGGAAAUUCAUCGAGUUUUAAUUCUCUGUCAAUUGAUAAUGGGAGUUCAGGAAAUGUUUCAUCGGUUUCCCAAUGUAGAGAACAAAAAUCAGGGAACUUCUUCGUCAUGCAUUCGCCAAGCCGACAAAACCAUCGGUACAAUCCUCUCAAGAGCAAUGAUCAAAAAAACUUUUCAUCCAAGUCUUCCACGAUUCAGGCCAAGCUUGUUAUGAUCACUGAUGAAAGAUUUUCUGUUACUAUUUCUGAAUUUCAAGAACAGAUCAUCGGUAUAUUUAAAACCAUUCCAAGCAGAUCUUAUGAUUUAAAAACCAAAACUUGGGAUUUUCAUGUAAAGGAUUACAAUGAUCUCGUAAAAAAAUUAUCUCAGUUAAAACCCAGAGUAACCGUCGAGAACUUGCCACCCAGCAUACUUCAGAUAUUCAAAAAAGAAGUAAACACCGAUUACAAUUCCGUAGAUUUAUCAAGUAUUGAUAAAAAAUUGGUGGAAAGUUUGAUGCCGUUUCAACGAGAAGGUGUUUGUUAUGGGAUUUUGAAAAAUGGUCGCUGCAUCAUCGCAGACGAGAUGGGACUCGGCAAAACAAUUCAAGCAUUAGGGAUUGUUCAUUACUAUAGAAAUGAUUGGCCCCUUCUCAUCGUCAGCCCAUCGUCUGUUAGGUAUCAAUGGUCAGAAGCAAUUUAUACGUUUUUACCUUCUGUGCCGACACAUUACGUCCAUCAUUAUACAACCGCUAAAGACACUGUCGGUGAUGCCAAAAUCGUCAUAAUGUCCUACGAUAUCCUGAAGCGGACGAUUAAUUCACUCGAAAGACACGUUUUCGGCGCAAUUAUAUUUGAUGAAUCGCAUUUCUUGAAGAGUCCAAAAUCUGCACGUUCAGUGGCCGCAUCUGUGGUAGCUGCUCAAGCACGAAGAGUUGUGUUGCUUAGCGGUACACCAGCCCUUUCACGACCUAAGGAAUUGUAUUUUCAAAUCAACCUUGUUAUGCAAAAAUUUCUUGGAUUUCACGAAUUCGGCAUUAGAUAUUGUGCCGGUAUUUUCGGUAAAUUUGGCUGGGAAUAUGGGGGUUCUUCGAACAUGCAAGAGCUGCAGCUGUUAUUGAAACGCUGUUGUCUAAUUAGACGUGUAAAAUCCGAAGUACUGACUCAGUUGCCGUCCAAAAUACGAGAAGUUGUAAUUUUGGAUCCAAAAUUGAUUAAAACAGAAAGUCAAAAAAUGAGGAAAAUCGCUGAGGCCGUACAACGCGAAAAUUUGAAGAGCUUUGAAGGAAACACCGCAUUACUGCAGCAUUAUAAGGAAACGGCUGAGGUGAAAACAAAAGCGAUAUGCAACUACGUCAAUGACUUGCUGGAAAGUGAUACGAAAUUUUUAAUAUUCGCUCACCAUUUGAUGAUCCUUGACGAAAUAUGCAAGACCAUAUCAUCGAAAAAUGUCAGCUAUAUUAGAAUCGACGGAUCGACAAAAUCCGAGGAGCGAAAAGUGCGAUGCGACGUUUUCCAAAAACAAGACGACUGUUUGGUGGCUGUUCUUUCCAUAACAGCGGCAAGCACAGGCAUCACCUUGACUGCCGCACAGCGCGUUGUGUUUGCCGAACUCUAUUGGAAUCCUGGAAUUUUGUGUCAAGCCGAAGAUAGAGUGCACAGAAUCGGUCAACAAGGAAGCGUGCUGAUCCAAUUUCUUAUCGCUAAGAACACGGCUGACGACCAUUUAUGGAAAUUGAUGCAAACGAAACUCAAUGUUCUGAAUAAAGCCGGGCUUGGGCAGAAUUUUUCGGUGGAAAAAUCGACCGAGGCCAAACGAGGUAAAGAAACUGUAUCGAGUCAGCCAAACUUGCAUUCCUUCUUCGCACGACCAAGUCAAGAACAGAAUUCCGCAGAACAUAGCGAGAAAAUUGAAGAUGUUCAUCGGUUACUCGAAGAAGACGACGACGCGCUGAUCAUGCUUAAUUUAGACGGCCUCGAUGAGGAUUGUUAAUAUAAGUCAAAUUUUAAUUAUAUUAAUUUUGUAUAAAAACUGAGUAUUUGUGAGACUGAUACUUAAUUUUCAUUGGAAUCAACCCGUUUAUUGACUAGAAAGAAUUCGUCUACCUUAUUAGGAUCGUCAAAUUCAGAUGAUACCAUUUCGCGGUAAUAAAUAUACUGUAGUAACAACCAUAGCCGACGUACUCGAUCAUAAAAGCGAUUUUUUAACACAUAAUUUACUCCGGAUCAGCUGAGUUUCACUAAAUUAGAGUUUAACAGCUUGCGCAACAUUUUCCGUGUCUUGAUAUUGAAAAAUUGAGCUAAAACGAUGUUGCGACAGCCUGUAAGUAUCCGAACAUAAACGAAAGUGUAAUUAUCACAUGACAUUUGCAGCAGAUGUUACUAGCAAAAAAAGUUCGUAAAUAUUAGUACAAUCGAUUAGAAACGCGAAGUGUUUUUCGAAUUAUCAAUUCGACGAACUUAUUUCCCGAUACUGUCAAAAGAAUUUUAAUUAGCAGUUCAAAGGUCUUUCUUUCACAACGACUUGCCACAAUUUUGCUGUUGCGCAAAUAAGACUGCUCGUUAGUAUCAUGUUUCUUAAGUCUGAAUGGAACAAGCUACAAGCACUGAUAUCACGCAUAAUUUCCAAGUAAUGGUCACUUCAACUCACUGAUGCGUUAUUGCAUUUCAAAGAAACAUGAUAUAUAAGUAUUUUUCAUAUGAUGCUUCGCGAAUAAAUAUUAAUGAUCUGUUAUUGAUUGAACACAAAAAAAUU